GGCUGCAACCUUUUAGCAUUAUAUAUAUAAGCAAUCUGGAAUUGCUCUAGCAUCAGAACAUUUUAAGCAUAAAUUUCAUUUACAGAGCUUUUAUUGUGAAGUGUUUACAAAUGUCUAUUAUUCCAAGUCUUUGGGGCAGGAGAUCCUCCGCUGUGUACGAUCCAUUAUCAUUGGAUGUGUGGGAUCCCUUUCAGGUUUUUGAUUCCUCAAUAUUUAAGGAUAUAGCAACGCCCUCAACAGAUUUUGCAAGGGAUGCAGCGGCCAUAGCGAAUACACAGAUCGAUUGGAAGGAAACCCCUGAUGCUCACGUUUUCAAGGCCGAUCUUCCUGGACUGAAGAAAGAAGAGGUAAAAAUUGAAGUGGAAGAUGGCCGAAUUCUUCAGAUAAGUGGAGAACGCAACAAAGAAGAGGAGAAGAAAAACGAGAAAUAUCACCGUAUUGAACGCUCGCGAGGUAAAUUCCUGAGGCGUUUCAGGCUUCCUGAGAAUGCGAAGGUGGAUGAGGUUAAAGCUGACAUGGAAAAUGGAGUGCUCACCGUGACGGUGCCCAAGCAGCCUCAACCUCAGCCUGAAGUUAAAUCUAUUGAAAUCUCUGGCUAAAGAAAGGGAUUAACAAAUUGUAAUGAGUUCUAUUUCAGCUUGUAAGGACUUUUGCUUUUGACUGUAAUUUUGUAUUUUGUGUGGUGUAUUUUGACGGUACAGGGCUGAGUGAUUGUCUGUCGGGCUGCUGUUGGCAAUCUUAAUGUCUUAAGGAGCUUAAGCAAAUGUAAUUAUUUGGAAUGAAUUGCAUGUAAUAAUUGCAAAAAAAAUAUUAAUCUAAAAAAUUAUUGUAAACA